AUGCCAAACUGCAUGCCUACCGCUGACGCCCCUCUCAAGCACAUCAUAUCCAACCCACUUCCUCCCUCUUUCCCCUCUUCCCCUCUUUCUCCCCUCCCUGCCCUCUCCCCUCCCUGCCGUCUUCCCUUCUCUCCCCCAUGCCUGCCUGCCACGGCCCAUCAAUGCAGCAGCACCGCCCCUCACAGCAAUCUCAAAGCUUCCGUUCCGCAAGAGCUGGGCAAUCUGCAGCAGCUCACCCGCCUUGACGGAGGUAAGUGGACUGUAAAUCUACUGCAUGUCUGUCCAUCUGGCCCCUCAAACCCCAUCUGGCCCCUCAAACCCCAUCUCGCCCCUCAAACCCCAUCUGGCCCCUCAAACCCCAUCUCGCCCCUCAAACCCCAUCUGGCCCCUCAAACCCCAUCUGGCCCCUCAAACCCCAUCUGGCCCCUCAAACUCCAUCUGGCCCCUCAAACCCCAUCUGGCCCCUCACACCCCAUCUGGCCCCUCACACCCCAUCUGGCCCCUCACACCCCAUCUGGCCCCUCAAACCCCAUCUGGCCCCUCAAACCCCAUCUGGCCCCUCAAACCCCAUCUGGCCCCUCAAACCCCAUCUGGCCCCUCAAACCCCAUCUGGCCCCUCAAACCCCAUCUGGCCCCUCAAACCCCAUCUGGCCCCUCAAACCCCAUCUGGCCCCUCAAACCCCAUCUGGCCCCUCACACCCCCUCCUCUCGUCAACAGCCCCCUCUCCCCUGCAGCACCCUCCGAUAUUUCUUAACCCUCCACAUCCGUGGUGCAUGGAUGUUUCAUGCUUGGUGCAUGGAUGGGAAAUUCUCAUGCCCCCUGCUCUUACCUUGCUCGUCGUUUUCACCUUGCUCAUCCUCCCACGCCUAUUCGUGGGUUCCUCAUACCCUCUUCCCUACAUCUUUCUUGCUCCUCUCAUGACUGCUGUUUCCAUCGUCAGGCACGUGUCGGAUCAUCAUCUGUCCACAGAGCUGCCUGCGUGGAUCUUCAGCCUCACAGACUUGACUUCACUGUGCGUGCUGCCAUGCACCGUCUGCCAUGCACCAUCUGCCAUGCACCAUCUGCCAUGCACCAUCUGCCAUGCACCAUCUGCCAUGCACCAUCUGCCAUGCACCAUCUGCCAUGCACCAUCUGCCAUGCACCAUCUGCCAUGCACCAUCUGCCAUGCACCAUCUGCCAUGCACCAUCUGCCAUGCACCAUCUGCCAUGCACCAUCUGCCAUGCACCAUCUGCCAUGCACCAUCUGCCAUGCACCAUCUGCCAUGCACCAUCUGCCAUGCACCAUCUGCCAUGCACCAUCUGCCAUGCACCAUCUGCCAUGCACCAUCUGCCAUGCACCAUCUGCCAUGCACCAUCUGCCAUGCACCAUCUGCCAUGCACCAUCUGCCAUGCACCAUCUGCCAUGCACCAUCUGCCAUGCACCAUCUGCCAUGCACCAUCUGCCAUGCACCAUCUGCCAUGCACCAUCUGCCAUGCACCAUCUGCCAUGCACCAUCUGCCAUGCACCAUCUGCCAUGCACCAUCUGCUAUGCACCAUCUGCUAUGCACCAUCUGCUAUGCACCAUCUGCUAUGCACCAUCUGCUAUGCACCAUCUGCUAUGCACCAUCUGCUAUGCACCAUCUGCUAUGCACCAUCUGCUAUGCACCAUCUGCUAUGCACCAUCUGCUAUGCACCAUCUGCCAUGCACCAUCUGCCAUGCACCAUCUGCUAUGCACCAUCUGCUAUGCACCAUCUGCUAUGCACCAUCUGCCAUGCACCAUCUGCUAUGCACCAUCUGCUAUGCACCAUCUGCUAUGCACCAUCUGCUAUGCACCAUCUGCUAUGCACCAUCUGCUAUGCACCAUCUGCUAUGCACCAUCUGCUAUGCACCAUCUGCUAUGCACCAUCUGCCAUGCACCAUCUGCUAUGCACCAUCUGCUAUGCACCAUCUGCUAUGCACCAUCUGCUAUGCACCAUCUGCUAUGCACCAUCUGCUAUGCACCAUCUGCCAUGCACCAUCUGCCAUGCACCAUCUGCCAUGCACCAUCUGCCAUGCACCAUCUGCUAUGCACCAUCUGCUAUGCACCAUCUGCCAUGCACCAUCUGCCAUGCACCAUCUGCUAUGCACCAUCUGCUAUGCACCAUCUGCCAUGCACCAUCUGCUAUGCACCAUCUGCUAUGCACCAUCUGCUAUGCACCAUCUGCUAUGCACCAUCUGCCAUGCACCAUCUGCCAUGCACCAUCUGCCAUGCACCAUCUGCCAUGCACCAUCUGCUAUGCACCAUCUGCUAUGCACCAUCUGCUAUGCACCAUCUGCUAUGCACCAUCUGCUAUGCACCAUCUGCUAUGCACCAUCUGCCAUGCACCAUCUGCUAUGCACCAUCUGCUAUGCACCAUCUGCUAUGCACCAUCUGCUAUGCACCAUCUGCUAUGCACCAUCUGCCAUGCACCAUCUGCCAUGCACCAUCUGCCAUGCACCAUCUGCCAUGCACCAUCUGCCAUGCACCAUCUUCUAUGCACCAUCUGCUAUGCACCAUCUGCUAUGCACCAUCUGCCAUGCACCAUCUGCUAUGCACCAUCUGCCAUGCACCAUCUGCCAUGCACCAUCUGCUAUGCACCAUCUGCUAUGCACCAUCUGCCAUGCACCAUCUGCUAUGCACCAUCUGCUAUGCACCAUCUGCUAUGCACCAUCUGCUAUGCACCAUCUGCCAUGCACCAUCUGCCAUGCACCAUCUGCUAUGCACCAUCUGCUAUGCACCAUCUGCUAUGCACCAUCUGCUAUGCACCAUCUGCUAUGCACCAUCUGCUAUGCACCAUCUGCCAUGCACCAUCUGCUAUGCACCAUCUGCUAUGCACCAUCUGCUAUGCACCAUCUGCUAUGCACCAUCUGCUAUGCACCAUCUGCUAUGCACCAUCUGCUAUGCACCAUCUGCUAUGCACCAUCUGCCAUGCACCAUCUGCCAUGCACCAUCUUCUAUGCACCAUCUGCUAUGCACCAUCUGCUAUGCACCAUCUGCCAUGCACCAUCUGCUAUGCACCAUCUGCUAUGCACCAUCUGCUAUGCACCAUCUGCUAUGCACCAUCUGCUAUGCACCAUCUGCUAUGCACCAUCUGCUAUGCACCAUCUGCUAUGCACCAUCUGCUAUGCACCAUCUGCUAUGCACCAUCUGCUAUGCACCAUCUGCUAUGCACCAUCUGCUAUGCACCAUCUGCUAUGCACCAUCUGCUAUGCACCAUCUGCCAUGCACCUUCUGCCAUGCACCAUCUGCCAUGCACCAUCUGCUAUGCACCAUCUGCUAUGCACCAUCUGCUAUGCACCAUCUGCUAUGCACCAUCUGCUAUGCACCAUCUGCCAUGCACCAUCUGCUAUGCACCAUCUGCCAUGCACCAUCUGCUAUGCACCAUCUGCUAUGCACCAUCUGCUAUGCACCAUCUGCUAUGCACCAUCUGCUAUGCACCAUCUGCUAUGCACCAUCUGCCAUGCACCAUCUGCUAUGCACCAUCUGCUAUGCACCAUCUGCUAUGCACCAUCUGCCAUGCACCAUCUGCCAUGCACCAUCUGCCAUGCACCAUCUGCUAUGCACCAUCUGCUAUGCACCAUCUGCCAUGCACCAUCUGCCAUGCACCAUCUGCCAUGCACCAUCUGCCAUGCACCAUCUGCUAUGCACCAUCUGCUAUGCACCAUCUGCCAUGCACCAUCUGCUAUGCACCAUCUGCUAUGCACCAUCUGCCAUGCACCAUCUGCUAUGCACCAUCUGCCAUGCACCAUCUGCUAUGCACCAUCUGCUAUGCACCAUCUGCUAUGCACCAUCUGCUAUGCACCAUCUGCUAUGCACCAUCUGCUAUGCACCAUCUGCUAUGCACCAUCUGCCAUGCACCAUCUGCCAUGCACCAUCUGCCAUGCACCAUCUGCUAUGCACCAUCUGCUAUGCACCAUCUGCCAUGCACCAUCUGCCAUGCACCAUCUGCCAUGCACCAUCUGCCAUGCACCAUCUGCUAUGCACCAUCUGCUAUGCACCAUCUGCCAUGCACCAUCUGCUAUGCACCAUCUGCUAUGCACCAUCUGCCAUGCACCAUCUGCCAUGCACCAUCUGCCAUGCACCAUCUGCCAUGCACCAUCUGCUAUGCACCAUCUGCUAUGCACCAUCUGCUAUGCACCAUCUGCUAUGCACCAUCUGCUAUGCCUAUCACCAUCUGCUAUGCACCAUCUGCUAUGCACCAUCUGCUAUGCACCAUCUGCUAUGCACCAUCUGCCAUGCACCAUCUGCUAUGCACCAUCUGCCAUGCACCAUCUGCUAUGCACCAUCUGCUAUGCACCAUCUGCUAUGCACCAUCUGCUAUGCACCAUCUGCUAUGCACCAUCUGCUAUGCACCAUCUGCUAUGCACCAUCUGCUAUGCACCAUCUGCUAUGCACCAUCUGCUAUGCACCAUCUGCUAUGCACCAUCUGCUAUGCACCAUCUGCUAUGCACCAUCUGCCAUGCACCAUCUGCCAUGCACCAUCUGCCAUGCACCAUCUGCUAUGCACCAUCUGCUAUGCACCAUCUGCUAUGCACCAUCUGCUAUGCACCAUCUGCUAUGCACCAUCUGCCAUGCACCAUCUGCCAUGCACCAUCUGCUAUGCACCAUCUGCUAUGCACCAUCUGCUAUGCACCAUCUGCCAUGCACCAUCUGCUAUGCACCAUCUGCUAUGCACCAUCUGCUAUGCACCAUCUGCUAUGCACCAUCUGCUAUGCACCAUCUGCUAUGCACCAUCUGCUAUGCACCAUCUGCUAUGCACCAUCUGCUAUGCACCAUCUGCUAUGCACCAUCUGCCAUGCACCAUCUGCUAUGCACCAUCUGCCAUGCACCAUCUGCUAUGCACCAUCUGCUAUGCACCAUCUGCUAUGCACCAUCUGCUAUGCACCAUCUGCUAUGCACCAUCUGCUAUGCACCAUCUGCCAUGCACCAUCUGCUAUGCACCAUCUGCCAUGCACCAUCUGCUAUGCACCAUCUGCCAUGCACCAUCUGCUAUGCACCAUCUGCUAUGCACCAUCUGCUAUGCACCAUCUGCUAUGCACCAUCUGCUAUGCACCAUCUGCUAUGCACCAUCUGCUAUGCACCAUCUGCCAUGCACCAUCUGCCAUGCACCAUCUGCCAUGCACCAUCUGCUAUGCACCAUCUGCUAUGCACCAUCUGCCAUGCACCAUCUGCCAUGCACCAUCUGCCAUGCACCAUCUGCCAUGCACCAUCUGCCAUGCACCAUCUGCCAUGCACCAUCUGCCAUGCACCAUCUGCCAUGCACCAUCUGCCAUGCACCAUCUGCCAUGCACCAUCUGCCAUGCACCAUCUGCCAUGCACCAUCUGCCAUGCACCAUCUGCCAUGCACCAUCUGCCAUGCACCAUCUGCCAUGCACCAUCUGCCAUGCACCAUCUGCCAUGCACCAUCUGCCAUGCACCAUCUGCCAUGCACCAUCUGCCAUGCACCAUCUGCCAUGCACCAUCUGCCAUGCACCAUCUGCCAUGCACCAUCUGCCAUGCAGCAUCUGCCAUGCAGCAUCUGCCAUGCAGCAUCUGCCAUGCACCAUCUGCCAUGCACCAUCUGCCAUGCACCAUCUGCCAUGCACCAUCUGCCAUGCACCAUCUGCCAUGCACCAUCUGCCAUGCACCAUCUGCCAUGCACCAUCUGCCAUGCACCAUCUGCCAUGCACCAUCUGCCAUGCACCAUCUGCCAUGCACCAUCUGCCAUGCACCAUCUGCCAUGCACCAUCUGCCAUGCACCAUCUGCCAUGCACCAUCUGCCAUGCACCAUCUGCCAUGCACCAUCUGCCAUGCACCAUCUGCCAUGCACCAUCUGCCAUGCACCAUCUGCCAUGCACCAUCUGCCAUGCACCAUCUGCCAUGCACCAUCUGCCAUGCACCAUCUGCCAUGCACCAUCUGCCAUGCACCAUCUGCCAUGCACCAUCUGCCAUGCACCAUCUGCCAUGCACCAUCUGCCAUGCAACCAUCUGCCAUGCACCAUCUGCCAUGCACCAUCUGCCAUGCACCAUCUGCCAUGCACCAUCUGCCAUGCACCAUCUGCCAUGCACCAUCUGCCAUGCACCAUCUGCCAUGCACCAUCUGCCAUGCACCAUCUGCCAUGCACCAUCUGCCAUGCACCAUCUGCCAUGCACCAUCUGCCAUGCACCAUCUGCCAUGCACCAUCUGCCAUGCCGUGCACCAUCUGCCGUGCACCAUCUGCCAUGCACCAUCUGCCAUGCACCAUCUGCCAUGCACCAUCUGCCGUGCACCAUCUGCCGUGCACCAUCUGCCAUGCACCAUCUGCCAUGCACCAUCUGCCAUGCACCAUCUGCCGUGCACCAUCUGCCAUGCACCAUCUGCCAUGCACCAUCUGCCGUGCACCAUCUGCCAUGCACCAUCUGCCAUGCACCAUCUGCCAUGCACCAUCUGCCAUGCACCAUCUGCCGUGCACCAUCUGCCGUGCACCAUCUGCCAUGCUCCAUCUGCCAUGCACCAUCUGCCAUGCACCAUCUGCCAUGCACCAUCUGCCAUGCACCAUCUGCCAUGCACCAUCUGCCGUGCACCAUCUGCCGUGCACCAUCUGCCAUGCACCAUCUGCCGUGCACCAUCUGCCGUGCACCAUCUGCCGUGCACCAUCUGCCGUGCACCAUCUGCCGUGCACCAUCUGCCGUGCACCAUCUGCCGUGCACCAUCUGCCAGUGCACCAUCUGCCGUGCACCAUCUGCCGUGCACCAUCUGCCGUGCACCAUCUGCCGUGCACCAUCUGCCGUGCACCAUCUGCCGUGCACCAUCUGCCGUGCACCAUCUGCCGUGCACCAUCUGCCGUGCACCAUCUGCCGUGCACCAUCUGCCGUGCACCAUCUGCCGUGCACCAUCUGCCAUGCACCAUCUGCCGUGCACCAUCUGCCGUGCACCAUCUGCCGUGCACCAUCUGCCGUGCACCAUCUGCCGUGCACCAUCUGCCGUGCACCAUCUGCCGUGCACCAUCUGCCGUGCACCAUCUGCCGUGCACCAUCUGCCGUGCACCAUCUGCCGUGCACCAUCUGCCAGUGCACCAUCUGCCGUGCACCAUCUGCCGUGCACCAUCUGCCGUGCACCAUCUGCCGUGCACCAUCUGCCGUGCACCAUCUGCCGUGCACCAUCUGCCGUGCACCAUCUGCCGUGCACCAUCUGCCGUGCACCAUCUGCCGUGCACCAUCCUGCCGUGCACCAUCUGCCGUGCACCAUCUGCCGUGCACCAUCUGCCGUGCACCAUCUGCCGUGCACCAUCUGCCAUGCACCAUCUGCCGUGCACCAUCUGCCGUGCACCAUCUGCCGUGCACCAUCUGCCGUGCACCAUCUGCCGUGCACCAUCUGCCGUGCACCAUCUGCCGUGCACCAUCUGCCGUGCACCAUCUGCCGUGCACCAUCUGCCGUGCACCAUCUGCCGUGCACCAUCUGCCGUGCACCAUCUGCCGUGCACCAUCUGCCGUGCACCAUCUGCCGUGCACCAUCUGCCGUGCACCAUCUGCCGUGCACCAUCUGCCGUGCACCAUCUGCCGUGCACCAUCUGCCGUGCACCAUCUGCCGUGCACCAUCUGCCGUGCACCAUCUGCCGUGCACCAUCUGCCGUGCACCAUCUGCCGUGCACCAUCUGCCGUGCACCAUCUGCCGUGCACCAUCUGCCGUGCACCAUCUGCCGUGCACCAUCUGCCGUGCACCAUCUGCCGUGCACCAUCUGCCGUGCACCAUCUGCCGUGCACCAUCUGCCGUGCACCAUCUGCCGUGCACCAUCUGCCGUGCACCAUCUGCCGUGCACCAUCUGCCGUGCACCAUCUGCCGUGCACCAUCUGCCGUGCACCAUCUGCCAGUGCACCAUCUGCCGUGCACCAUCUGCCGUGCACCAUCUGCCGUGCACCAUCUGCCGUGCACCAUCUGCCGUGCACCAUCUGCCGUGCACCAUCUGCCGUGCACCAUCUGCCGUGCACCAUCUGCCGUGCACCAUCUGCCGUGCACCAUCUGCCGUGCACCAUCUGCCGUGCACCAUCUGCCGUGCACCAUCUGCCGUGCACCAUCUGCCGUGCACCAUCUGCCGUGCACCAUCUGCCGUGCACCAUCUGCCGUGCACCAUCUGCCGUGCACCAUCUGCCGUGCACCAUCUGCCGUGCACCAUCUGCCGUGCACCAUCUGCCGUGCACCAUCUGCCGUGCACCAUCUGCCGUGCACCAUCUGCCGUGCACCAUCUGCCGUGCACCAUCUGCCGUGCACCAUCUGCCGUGCACCAUCUGCCGUGCACCAUCUGCCGUGCACCAUCUGCCGUGCCCAUCUGCCGUGCACCAUCUGCCGUGCACCAUCUGCCGUGCACCAUCUGCCGUGCACCAUCUGCCGUGCACCAUCUGCCGUGCACCAUCUGCCGUGCACCAUCUGCCGUGCACCAUCUGCCGUGCACCAUCUGCCGUGCACCAUCUGCCGUGCACCAUCUGCCGUGCACCAUCUGCCGUGCACCAUCUGCCGUGCACCAUCUGCCGUGCACCAUCUGCCGUGCACCAUCUGCCGUGCACCAUCUGCCGUGCACCAUCUGCCGUGCACCAUCUGCCGUGCACCAUCUGCCGUGCACCAUCCUUGCCGUGCACCAUCUGCCGUGCACCAUCUGCCGUGCACCAUCUGCCGUGCACCAUCUGCCGUGCACCAUCUGCCGUGCACCAUCUGCCGUGCACCAUCUGCCGUGCACCAUCUGCCGUGCACCAUCUGCCGUGCACCAUCUGCCGUGCACCAUCUGCCGUGCACCAUCUGCCGUGCACCAUCUGCCGGGCACCAUCUGCCGUGCACCAUCUGCCGUGCACCAUCUGCCGUGCACCAUCUGCCAGUGCACCAUCUGCCGUGCACCAUCUGCCGUGCACCAUCUGCCGUGCACCAUCUGCCGUGCACCAUCUGCCAGUGCACCAUCUGCCAUGCACCAUCUGCCGUGGCACCAUCUGCCGUGCACCAUCUGCCGUGCACCAUCUGCCGUGCACCAUCCCAUCUGCCGUGCACCAUCUGCCGUGCACCAUCUGCCGUGCACCAUCUGCCGUGCACCAUCUGCCGUGCACCAUCUGCCGUGCACCAUCUGCCGUGCACCAUCUGCCAUGCACCAUCUGCCGUGCACCAUCUGCCGUGCACCAUCUGCCGUGCACCAUCUGCCGUGCACCAUCUGCCGUGCACCAUCUGCCGUGCACCAUCUGCCGUGCACCAUCUGCCGUGCACCAUCUGCCGUGCACCAUCUGCCGUGCACCAUCUGCCGUGCACCAUCUGCCGUGCACCAUCUGCCGUGCACCAUCUGCCGUGCACCAUCUGCCGUGCACCAUCUGCCGUGCACCAUCUGCCGUGCACCAUCUGCCGUGCACCAUCUGCCGUGCACCAUCUGCCGUGCACCAUCUGCCGUGCACCAUCUGCCGUGCACCAUCUGCCGUGCACCAUCUGCCGUGCACCAUCUGCCGUGCACCAUCUGCCGUGCACCAUCUGCCGUGCACCAUCUGCCGUGCACCAUCUGCCGUGCACCAUCUGCCGUGCACCAUCUGCCGUGCACCAUCUGCCGUGCACCAUCUGCCGUGCACCAUCUGCCGUGCACCAUCUGCCGUGCACCAUCUGCCGUGCACCAUCUGCCGUGCACCAUCUGCCGUGCACCAUCUGCCGUGCACCAUCUGCCGUGCACCAUCUGCCGUGCACCAUCUGCCGUGCACCAUCUGCCGUGCACCAUCUGCCGUGCACCAUCUGCCGUGCACCAUCUGCCGUGCACCAUCUGCCGUGCACCAUCUGCCGUGCACCAUCUGCCGUGCACCAUCUGCCGUGCACCAUCUGCCGUGCACCAUCUGCCGUGCACCAUCUGCCGUGCACCAUCUGCCGUGCACCAUCUGCCGUGCACCAUCUGCCGUGCACCAUCUGCCGUGCACCAUCUGCCGUGCACCAUCUGCCGUGCACCAUCUGCCGUGCACCAUCUGCCGUGCACCAUCUGCCGUGCACCAUCUGCCGUGCACCAUCUGCCGUGCACCAUCUGCCGUUGCACACAUCUUGCCGUUGCACUGCAUCUGCCGUGCACGCAUCUGACCGUGCACCAGCUGGCCGUGCACCAUCUGCCGUGCAACCAUCUUCCGUGCACCAGUCUGCCGUGCACCAUCUAGCCGUGGCACUCAUCUGCCGUGCACCAUCUUGCCGUGCACCAUCUGCCGUGCACCCAUCUGCCGUGCACCAUCUGCCGUGCACCAAUACUGCCGUGCACCAUCUGCCGUGCACCAUCUGCCGUGCACAAUCUGCCGUGCACCGCAUCUGCCGUGCACACAUCUGCCCGUGCACCAGCUGCCGCUGCACCAUCCUGCCGUGCACCAUCCUGCCGUGCACCAUCUGCCGUGCACACAUCUGCCCGUGCACCAUCUGCUGCCUGCAACCAUCCUGCCGGUGCACCAUCUGCCGUGCAUACCAUCUGCCCGUUGCACCCAGUGCUGCCGGUGCACCUCAUGCUGCCGUGCACCAUGCUGCCGUGAACCAUCUGCGCCGUGCACCAAUCUGCCGAUGCACCAUCUGCCGUGCACCAUCUGCCGUGCACCAUCUGCCGUGCACCAUCUGCCGUGCACCAUCUGCCGUGCACCAUCUGCCGUGCACCAUCUGCCGUGCACCAUCUGCCGUGCACCAUCUGCCGUGCACCAUCUGCCGUGCACCAUCUGCCGUGCACCAUCUGCCGUGCACCAUCUGCCGUGCACCAUCUGCCGUGCACCAUCUGCCGUGCACCAUCUGCCGUGCACCAUCUGCCGUGCACCAUCUGCCGUGCACCAUCUGCCGUGCACCAUCUGCCGUGCACCAUCUGCCGUGCACCAUCUGCCGUGCACCAUCUGCCGUGCACCAUCUGCCGUGCACCAUCUGCCGUGCACCAUCUGCCGUGCACCAUCUGCCGUGCACCAUCUGCCGUGCACCAUCUGCCGUGCACCAUCUGCCGUGCACCAUCUGCCGUGCACCAUCUGCCGUGCACCAUCUGCCGUGCACCAUCUGCCGUGCACCAUCUGCCGUGCACCAUCUGCCGUGCACCAUCUGCCGUGCACCAUCUGCCGUGCACCAUCUGCCGUGCACCAUCUGCCAUGCACCAUCUGCCGUGCACCAUCUGCCGUGCACCAUCUGCGUGCACCAUCUGCCGUGCACCAUCUGCCAUGCACCAUCUGCCGUGCACCAUCUGCCGUGCACCAUCUGCCGUGCACCAUCUGCCGUGCACCAUCUGCCGUGCACCAUCUGCCAUGCACCAUCUGCCGUGCACCAUCUGCCGUGCACCAUCUGCCGUGCACCAUCUGCCGUGCACCAUCUGCCGUGCACCAUCUGCCGUGCACCAUCUGCCGCGGUUGCACUGCAACAGGCUGAGUGGCACCAUUCCCGCCUCCAUUGCCCACCUCACUGCACUCACCACUCUGAAUGUCCAGGGCAACAACUUUUCCGGCUCCAUUCCAGAGGCAAUCAGCAGCCUCAAGAAGCUGCAGGAGUUGGAGAUGAAGAGCAACAGGCUGAGUGGCACCAUUCCCGCCUGCAUUGCCCACCUCACCGCACUCACCUCCCUGUGCGCCCAUUCUCCCUCCCCUCAACUUCCCCCCCCCCCCCCCCCCCCCCCCCCCCUCCUCUCGAUCCCUUCGUUCCGCCUGCCUGUCUCUGCCAAGCAUCGGGGUUUUGA